AUGUCUGCAUUAGAUAUUCUCCAAGAUUUAUAUAUAAAAGAAAUUAAAACUUAUAAACCUGCUGCACCAGAGAAAAAUGAAGAAGUUGGACAAGCACCAAAAAUUGAUGAUGAUAUUUCAGGAGAUUUGUCUGCUUAUGAUGUUGAAGAAGCACAAUCUGAAGUAGUUUCAGCAGAUUCUUCUUCGUUAGAAAAACAACUUUUUGGAGAUUAUGAAGAAGAAAUUACUACACCAGUUUCUCAUUAA